AUGAGACAUGAAAAUGAAGGUAAUCAGAACGUCGACAUGGAAAAUGUUUGUGAUUUGCUUGACAAAACUUUAAUUAAUCAGUUACAUUUGAUGGAAGAUAAAAUGCAGUGUGAACUUAAUAUUGAAUCUAGUAUUAACAAUGGCAGUAUUCAUUUGGCUAAAUCUAGAUAUAUAAUGGGACAGAGUUCAGUCAGUAUGGCAAGAUUACCAAUGGAAAGCAGUCCAGAGUUUGCUGCAUCUAUUAAGCAAAAUGUACAUCCAUCAUUA